UGUGUCUCCGGUCGUUCUGUGUGUAUUGAUUCUGCGAUUGCCAGAGGUUUGGUUAAGGUUGUGAUUUCAUCUUCGUUUGCGUCCCGAUUCUUGAGGUGCAAAUGCCGGCAAGUGGCAUAUUUACAAACAAUUCACAUUGGUGUUUGGGCAGACACCUUUUGUUCACAAUUCCAAUCUGUUGCGGGGGCAUAUUUCUACGCCAGAGUCGUCUUGUGGCACUUCUACGAACAGCAAGGUCAGUAUUUGGACAACUUAUCACCAUUGACCUUCAAUUACCCUUCAUCAUCACCAUCUUUCACUUCGUUACCUCUCCUUUCACUCCAACCUACUGCUGCAGUCAACUUCAGCAGGUCAAUUCCAGGAUCGGUGCACAUCUUGUCACACACCUCACUUGAAUUGAAACGCCUUUCACGGCUUCAACUUCAAAGAAGUCGCCCUGCACUCCUGACUUCUCACACGCAACCUCUUCCAACAUCAACAACCACCAUUUCCUCAUAUCAACGCAACUAAAUUCCAAUCAGACCACACCCAACCACCCACCAUGUUCCGCCUCCUCCCCCGAGGUCUUCCAAAGGACCCAGAAUACCCAACCGAUCUAAAGCAGCUCGGCUACUUCGUUAACGACGAAGAUGAGAUCCGCAGCAUCGAAAACCCAAAGUAUUACUUCAAAUACUUCAUUAACCGCACUGAGCGCUACAACGAGCGUCAGCGGGAGAGUAUGAAUACCGCAAUCCGCGCAAUCGUCUCCCAGCGCCUCGCAGACGAGGGCAUGGAAACCCAUCCCCCCCCACUCGGAGUUGCCCAGUCAGCCCCCCACAUCCCCAUCCUCGCCUCCUCCCACAUCGCCACCGCCCCCCGCACCCUUCUCCUCCUGGGCGACUCAAUCCAAGACCUCGGCAUCCUCGCCCUACGCAUCAUCGGCGGCCACGGCGGGAUCAACGCCGGUUCGUGUGUCGAUUUCGUCAAGUACGUGCACAACCAGGAGGGUCAUCCAGCUGUUAUCUUGGCCAAUUGUGGGCAGUUGAGAUGGAAUAGGAGGGAGGGGAGGGCGAUGACGAGGGUGUCAUGGGACUCGUUGACGAGGGAGUCCGCGGUGCAUGAUGCGCCGCUUUAUGAGCCGGCUGUGAACACAGUUGAGGGAAACCGAGAUCAGAAGGCGCAUAUUUCGUACCUCCUAUCCACCGUCGUACCCGCGCUGUGCAAGGAGGGUGGAAAGCUAGACGUCAUUGCCAUAGCCGACAGCGCGCGGUACGUUUGUGAAGUCCUCGACGAGAAUUGGGACAGCCUAAAGGGUCGCAUGCAGGGUCUAGCCUGCGUAUGCCCCUUCCAAGACAGCAAGGUGUAUCAGGACGCCGGAUUCAAAAAGUUUUUGCUAGAACGAUCUCGGGGCUACAUCAUGUCCGACUCCCCCCCCGGACUAGGCGUAUUUGGCCCCUCUGGCGGGAAAGAGGCGUGGCAGUGGGGGUAUGGAAUGAAUGUCUAUGGACUGCCGGUGGAGGUGGCGGAGGAGAGUGUGUUCCCCCGCCACUUCAAGGGGAUCGUGGAGUGGAUGACCGAGAUGGCGGGGGUGGAGGGGUAUGUGAAUGAGAUGGUUGUGGAGGUGGAUGUUGAGGGGGUGGAGGAGGUGAAGGGGGAGGGGUGGGGGACGGAGUUGGUGGGGGCGGAGAUUUGGGAGACGGAGGCGGGGAGGAGGCAGUUGAGGGGGGAGGUUGAGGUGGGGGGUGCGGUGGAUGGGAGUGGACAGAUGAUUGAGGGAGUGAAUGGGGGUGAGGUUGAAGCUCAGCUGGUGAAGGAGGAGGCUGAGAAGGAUGCAGUGCAGCCUCAGGAGGAGAACACGAAAGAGGUCACAGCCCAGUUUGAGAACGCAGCCACGGCCCAUACCGAGGUUGAAGCUCAGCAGGUGAAGGAGAAGGCUGGGAAAGAUACAAUCCCGUCUCAGAACCCAAACACCGAAGACCGUACAGCCCAAACUCUGGCAGGCGCCACAGCCAAACUCCAACUCCUAGGCUACGACGGCGCCUCAGACGACCGUCCCUCGUCAACCCCCCCCACCACGUCCUCCUCUACAUCCACCUCUAUCUCUACAACCUCUAUCCCCAGCACCUCCAGCACCUCCAGCACCUCCAGCACCUCCAGCACCUCCAGCACCUCCAGCACCUCCAGCACCUCUACAGCAAUCCCACCAGAGCGCAUGGAGAGGCUGCCAAGCUAUGUGGAGACGGACGAGGGAGAGCCGCAGGUGAAGCUGAGUAAGGAGGAGAGGGCGGCGAUUUUGCAGAUUACGGUGCUUUCGUCGCCUGUUAGGGAGAAGGAGGGUGCGGGGAUGGAGGGGGGGAUGAAAGGGGAUGGGGAGGGACGUUGAUGGGGAGAAUGGCAAUGACAAUGACGAGUUCUUGAUAGACAGAUAGCAGCGAUGAGAGCCAUGAGAGCGAAUAGAUGAGAUAGCCACCACCUACACCCAACUCUCCUACUCGACUUCUACCGUAGGCACAAUCCAGCUUCGUCACCACCUCCCACACACCCACUCAGGUCAGCAUUAGCGUAAAUCACGAACCGCCGCCAUCCCAUAUCGCCGUACCCCCAAUAUCCCCGUAUUCCCGACCUUGUCUCCGAAAACGCCAUCUAUUGCAUCUAAAGUGAGUACUUCCCUCGGAGGAUCCCUCCCCUCCCCGCACAGCACAGCACAGCACAGCAC